AUGCCACCGCCCACAUCUCCAGUAUCACUACCUCAAGAAUCUACUCAAAAUAAUCAAAACAAUCAAAACUCAUUACGUCAUAUUAGAAGAUUUGGUAAUGCUUCAUCAGAAUCAUUCCCCACCUUAAAUUCAUUGAAUAUUAUAUCUGAUUACAUAUAUAGAAACGAGAACGGUAAUAGGGUUAACGAAGAGACUAAUACUUUAAAUGAUAAUUCACAAGAAGCCGUUUUAGAGGCUAAUUUUAGAUCCAGAAUACUACGACACUUUAGUGAAAUUCAUAGAUUGCAAAAUCAUUUCAAUACACUAGUUAAUUCAUCGGAAAGUAAUACUCGUGAUACUACGAUGGAAGAAUUACCAAAUAAUGAGCUCAAUAGUCUUCCGACUCAAUUGAGAAAUUUAUCUAGAGAAUUAUCGAGAAGUCGAAAUAGAGAAGCAUAUUCAGUUGAUUCUACUGAAGAAGAUGAUCAAAGUUUCCAAUUUGAAGAUGAAAAUGAACAGGAGUUGAUAUAUUAUUCAGAUGAUGAUCAUAGUGGAGAAGAAACAACGGCAGCAGCAGAUUCAAAUGUUGUUGAUGAAACUACCAGAAAUGAAAUUCGUUCAAAUGAAAGAUUGUUAUUAACUUCUGCUAGAAAUUUGCAAAAUGCAACUACUCCUUUGAUAUCCGGUGUACCAUUAAGAAGACAAAAUGCUAUACGGAUUAAAAGUAUACUAAGAAAAGACGAUGGAGCGGAAGAACAAGAAGAAGAAGAGUCUAAAAAAUUAAAUGAUAAAUUAGUCAAUGAUUAUCUUGAUUCCGAAGCUCAAAUUUUGGAAGGUGAAAUAAAGACAGUACUUGAUAGUUUUGAAUCAGCAAAGGCAACUACAUCUUUAUUUCCUCAAAGAAAUUUCGGUAACUUUCAAAGUGCAUUUUUUUCAAGCUUCAAUAUAUUAUUGCCUCCAGAUCCAUCUCAUGAUACAUAUAAUAUCACCGAAUCAUUGGAUGAAUUUUUAUGGAAAAGAAACAAUAAAUUACUUUUUAUAGAUCCGAAAAUACCGGCUCCACCAACAGCAUCGUCAUCAAAGAAAAGAGUCAAAGAGACAAAACCUACAAACACUAAGAGACAAAAACUAUCAGCUACUAAGGACGAACCUAUUAUACAAACGGAACGAGAAAUAUACAAUUAUCCCUAUCAUAAACUAGAUAAAAAUCAAAUAAUGGACGGGUUACCAACAAACGAAUUUCAAUCAGGUUCAUCAUAUUCAUUACAAUUAAAAAGUCCAGGGUUUAAUACGUUUAAACUAUCAUUGAUAAAUAUUGAACCCAAAAUUCAUGCAACUAUUGGUGCAGAUCCAGAAGGUAGUUUAGAAACAUUAUUUUUAAAAUUACAUAAUUUCACAAAAUUUCUUUGUGGAAUGCCAGCGAAUUCAUAUCAAUUACCAAGAAAUGCAAUGUUAAUUCGAAAAUUGAAUGUAUUAGACAGAUUAUCAAUUGAUGAUAAUAUCAUUUAUUCCAAAUCAAAACCAAUAAGAACAUUUUAUAUACCAUGUGAUGGUACUAAAGUUGAUUUCAAAAAUAACGAUUUAAGAUUCAUGAAACUGGAAAAACUUGUAUCUUCAAGAUUUAAUGUUAGUAAGAUUAGAUUACAACUUUUAGAAUGGAUGAAAAUAAAUCCAUUUAUACAAUUUAAAGAAAAUUUUUUAUUCAAUUUCUUACAAAAUUUACAUCAAGAUUUACAUAAUUUUAAAUCAAUAAAAGUUAAACGAUCUAGAAAAUCAGAAGCAAUUCAUUUAACAAGAGAAUUUAAAUCUAAUUUUCCUGAAAUUGCAAAAGAUUUCAAUAAUAUUAAAAUUUCAUAUCCACAAUUUUUCAAAAAUGAUGAAAAUAAAAGGAAAAAAAGAUAUCAUGCAGAAAUGUUUCUAGAAGAUUGGAAAAGUAGUUUAGCUUUUAAAUUAAGUGAUUUAUUAACAGCAGAAAAUUGUUCAACUAUAAUUAAUGUACAAUUGAAUUAUAUUUUAUUCACUUUAGAUAUUAAUAUAUCACAAUUUUUAAAUUCUUUUAUAAAUUUAAUUUUUCAUCAUUGUGAAAAUCAAGAAUAUAUUGAAAAUUAUAGAAAAAUAUAUAACAACAUUUUAAGAGAUGAGAAGGAAGAUCUAUCAUGUACAUUACUUUGUUCAAUUCAUAAGACGUCCGGACGUCUUGAUAUUCAUAACACAUUCUUACAUAUCAAUCCAUUGUUUUCAACAAAAUUAGGACCUGCAAAUGUGAUAUUAACCGAUGAUUCGAGGUUAAAUGAAGUCAAUGGUAGAAAUAUGUAUGUUUAUGAUGAUUUUGAAAAAUUUAAUGGUUCAAAAAUUCCUAAAAAUUCUAAAGAAUUUAAUCUUAGAUUUGAACAAGAUGAAGGAAAAAAUGAUGAAAAUGAUACAUCAAAACAAGAUCAUCAAAUUCUUGAUAAAUUGGUUGGAUUUGUUAAUUUGGAUUCAUCCAUUAAUGAAAUACUUUGA